GGAUUAUGGGGAACUUUGUGAGACGAUUGUGGGAUUAUAGAAAUUUUCUGGUGGCUUUCCUGACACCUCUGCUGCUCCUGCCUUUACCACUCAUUGUCAACACUUCGGAGGCUAAAUGUGGCUUUGUGGUCAUCCUGAUGGCUCUGUACUGGUGUACAGAAUGUGUUCCAUUGGCGGUGACUUCACUGCUCCCCGUUAUCUUCUUCCCCAUGAUGGGCAUCAUGAGGUCUGAACAGGUGUGUCUGCAGUACCUCAGUGAUGCUAACAUUCUUGGCGCUGGUGGGCUGAUAGUGGCCAUAGCUGUGGAGUACUGGAACCUCCAUAAACGCCUCGCCCUGGGCAUACCUCUGCUGCUGGGGGUGAAGCCAGCGCUGCUGAUGGUAGGGUUCAUGAGCAUUACUGCCUUCCUAUCCAUGUGGAUCAGUAACAUGGCGGCCACGGCAAUGAUGCUGCCCAUCGUCCACUCUGUGCUGGAACACCUCAGAGAGAGUGAGUUUCAGGCUGAGGAGCGUGAGCUGCAGAAGAAGAGAGACAGUCAGGCUUUACACAUCACAGAGACCAAGCACAGCACUGAGGAUGCUGUGGAGGAGCAGAACCCUGAAGAACCCUUCAGCACUGAGCAGAGGAGGCUGAAGCAUAAUCAGAAGUAUCAGACACUCAGCAAAGGAAUGAGCUUAUGUGUGUGCUACGCUGCCAGCAUCGGAGGCACAGCCACCCUAACCGGUUCCAUCUCCAACCUCAUCCUCAAAGGCCAGAUGGAAAAACUGUUUCCUGGAAAUGGAGACGUGAUCAACUAUACCAGCUGGUUUAUAUUCUCCUUCCCCAACAUGGUGCUGAUGCUGGCUGUGUCUUGGCUGUGGCUGCAGUUCAUGUACAUUGGCUUCAAUGUGAAGAAAACAUUCGGCUGCAGAAAGGCGAGCAGCAGUGAGAGGGAGGUGUGUGCAGUGAUGAAGAGUGAGUACAGGAAGCUGGGCAGAAUGAGCUUCGCUGAGUGGUGUGUCUUGGUGCUCUUUUUGCUGCUUGUGCUGCUCUGGUUCACACGCGAGCCUGGAUUCUCCACCGGCUGGGCCUCACUGCUCUUCAACCAGGAGAGAAUGUUUGUUACAGACACCACAGUCUCCAUGUUUGUCUGCCUGCUGUUCUUCAUCAUCCCCUCCAAAAUUGAGUGCUCAUAUUGGCAUUCUGGUUCUUUAGACAUAAGUGGUAGGAGGAAAUGGAAGGCUCCCCCAACUCUGCUGCACUGGGAGCUGGUGCAGAGGAAGCUGCCCUGGAACAUCAUGCUGCUGCUAGGAGGUGCCUUUGCACUGGCUAGAGGCUGCGAGGUAUCUGAGCUGUCUUUGUGGCUUGGUCAAACUCUGGAGCCCCUGAAGAACAUCCCACCAGUUGCCCUCUCUUUCCUACUCUGCUUUGUGAUUGCUAUGCUCACUGAAAUCUGCAACAGUGCAGUAAUCAUCACAGUUUUGCUGCCUGUUUUGGCCUCUAUGGCCAGCACUGUUGGUCUGCACCCACUGUACAUCAUGCUCCCGACCACCAUCUCCACAUCCCUCGCAUUCAUGCUCCCAGUGGCCACGCCCACGAAUGCCAUCGCAUUCUCCUACGCCAACCUCAAAAUCAUAGACAUGGUAAAGCCUGGCUUUGUGCUGAACCUGCUAGGGAUCCUCUGCAUCAACUUUGCGGUCCACACUUGGGGCACUGCUAUAUUCCAGCUGAAUGAGAUUCCCCCAUGGGCCAAUGUCACUACCACCCCCACCCCUUCAAUGUUUCCAGCGACUACUCCCUGAGCGCAGGAGAAGAAUGAAAGAGGACAAAACAGUUAACACAGUUUAACAAAGCCGGGGACAAAACGGGGAAAGGUCGAAAACACACAACUGUCUCAUUUUUAUAAGCUGCAGCCAGCCUUGGAGCAG